UUUUGUACAGGAAGAGAAUGAAAGAUUAAAGAAAGCAAUGGAGAGUGGAGGUGUUAUUGUGCAGAAUGCAGCUGGCAUGUCACCAGAAGAGAUUGAAAAAAUGCGUAAACAGAUGGAAGAAGAGAUUCGAGCUCAGUUAGUGGCAAACCAACAAAUGAUUGCAGAUGAGGAGACAGCAGAAAACUGGGACACAAAGUUAGCAGAAGCUCGAAGGGAAGCACAAGAAUUGGAUGCUGGAGGCAAAGGAAAUGCUGCACGUAGACAGAGAGAGAUACAUCUGGUCAACUUGAAUGAGGAUCCUAUGUUGUCCGGUGUUAUUGUUCACUUUUUAAAGGAAGGACAGACAAGGAUAGGCAGGAAAGAUGCCCAACAAUUGCCUGACAUAUGUCUCAGUGGUUUAAGUAUACUAAAGCAGCAUGCUGUUUUAACAUGUAACAAUGGAAUGGUGCAGCUGGAACCAGUGGCUGGGUCCGGCACAAAAACAAAAGUCAAUGGUGUAGUGGUAACUGGAAUGACAAAGCUCACACAUAAAGACAGGCUUCUCUUUGGUUCAAACCAUCUUUAUGUUUUUAUGAACCCAAAGAACACUGAGACAACAGAAGAGUUACCUGCAGAAAUAACUUGGGAGUUUGCCCAGAAAGAGAUAGCACAAGUUAAAGGAUUUGCUACAGCCACAGGGGCUGGCUUGUCCAAAG